GACUGAAGAUGGAAGAAAAACUUUCGGAUGAAAAAGUGAAAUGUAUGCUCGCCCCUUGGAGGUUUUCCUUCAGGGCACCUGGAUUUGAAAACAGACUGGUGACUGCUCUACAACUGUUUGAACGUUUCCCUUUAGAUGUAGCUGUGACUGGAGGAACACCGGAGGCUAAUGCUCAGCUGGCUUCUGCAAUCUGUGGACCGGGUGAGGAAGUCGAAGAGGAGGAAUUGGAAACCGAUAAUGAAGGUGAUGAGGAGGAAGAAACCGAUGAGGAAGAAGAAUCAGAGGACAGUGAAGAAGAUGGAAGUGCAGAUGAGGAACACAGUAUAAAAUCUAAGUUAAAUCCUAAUCACCACCGCAGUAGUAGUAGGAAACGUGUUCGGAUAGCAGAGCAUGCAGAAUAUAUAGGGAGUAGUGUUCCUGAUUUUGACUCGGCGAUUUUACACCGUCAGAUCCCAAAUGUCCGUGUGUGGACCGUCCAGGGCCAUCCAAAUUCAAAUUCCAUCAUUAACCAGACCAACCAGCAGUAUGACUCCACAUGCUAUGAUGUUCUGGUGGUUCUCACCACAGAGCAGCACAAAGAGGACCACAUGUGGCUCAAAAUGGAAUUGCAUGGCAGAGAUCAGCCUUUUUUUCUGGUUCAAGCUGAGCGGGACUGGGACGUGGUCGAGGAGAAGCCUACAGGGCCGUGCAUGACCUGCGCCUGGGAACGAAUGAGAGCUCGCAAGCUGGAGUUGCAGAAGAGAAGUAAAGAAGUAUUUGGAGAGACGGCUGAUUCAGAAACAGAAAGCCAGAAUCUUUCAAAUGCUUCCCAAGAUCCAGAGUUAUUGAAGAUGAAGGAUAUCGUCAAAGUGCUUGCUGAAGCCCUGCCUGAGCUUCGGAAGAAGGCUUUUAGUCAGUUUCUGGUGGCGAUUACAAGGGAACUUCGGAUUCCUAAAUUACUGACUGAUGACACACAGGUUGUGGUUUCUACGGCUUUGCGGUCCAGGAAGAUAAACCAGGAUGAUCUUGAUCAGAUCACCAAACUCUCGCAGACCAGAGAUCUCACAGACAAUCCUUCCAAGCUUCAGGCAAUCCUCGCAGCUUUCGAUCACUUCUGGCUGGAUAUCGGUGUGCUGGGUGAGACGGGAUGUGGCAGCUCCAGCUUGGUCAAUGCCCUCUUGGGUCUGGAGAAAGGUGAUGGACAAGCUUCCUCAACCGGUGCCACUGAAACAACUAAAGAGGCUGUGAAGUAUCCCUACCCAACCACCAAUGUCCGCCUUUGGGACCUUCCUGGGCUUGGAAAAAUAGGUGAUCUAAGCAGCCUGUCCUCUGCGUCCAGCUCUUCUGAAGCUCAGCGUAUAACAUCGGCACUUUCUUUGUGUGAUGUAUACAUACUGGUAUCUCCUUUGAGGCUUAGAUUGGGAGCCAUACAGUUGUUGCAGCAAGCAUCAUCACUAGGGAAGGAAUGUUACCUGGUGCUUACCAUGGCAGAUUUGAUUGAGGAGCAGUCUAUUGUGGAGGUGAGGCAAUGGGCUGAAGAAGUCUUGCGUAAACUUGGUCUCCAGCAGAGUUUAUUUCUGGUGUCUGCUCAACAUCCACAAACCUUGGAUUUACCCAAGCUUAAGGAGACAUUGAAGGCAGCCUUUCCAAGUCAUAAGAAAGUCGCUCUUGCCAGAUAUGCAGCAAAGCAACUGGAUGGUGAUGUUUUCUGGAAAAGAUCAGAUUCUUGCAAAUUUAUGUAAAUAGUU